CCGUGAUUUCUGAACAGUGGUGCUGAUGUCAGGGCGAAUAGGACCAUGCUCGUAAAUCGAGUCUUUUCUGUUUUAUAAACUUGAAGUUGAAGAGUUUAUUCUCGGAUAAGUAAAAUAUCAGUGAUGGAUUUGUUUGGGAAUAAGGAUGACAUGAUUCAAUCUGAGGCGAACUGCUGUGAAAAUGUCAACCAGAAUCCUGCUCCACACUCACAGCAACUUCAUGAGGCCAGUGCAGAGAGCAUAGCGUCUCUGUGCGAGCGGCAGCAGCGCUGUGUCAAAGCCUCCAUCGUGUCUAGCUGGCAACUGGUGGAGGCGCAGGAUCAGCUCUGCGGCCUGGAGCUGCACGGGUCUGAGUCAGCAGAACAGGCCCGAGCUCGAGCCCUCGCCAGCUCAGCACACCUCUCCAAGACUGAGGAGGAGUGGAGGAGGAAAGAGAGCAUGCUGGACUCGAGAAGGAGCCCAGUCCUCGGACAAGAGUUCUGCGACAGCGGCUUCGACAAGAGUAUAAUAAAUGACACCCAGCUGAGGAUGAAUGACACGGAGCAUGACAGGAGUUUGACGUUUGUUCAGCGGCACGAGCAGGAACUUCAACAUUUCGGAAUGCUUAGAAGAUGGGACGACAGUCAGCGCUUUCUGGCCCAGUCGCCCCACCUCAUUUCAGAGGAAACAGCCAACUAUCUGAUUUUGUGGUGCUUUCGCCUUUACGCUGAAGAGAAAGAAGCUCUGAUGGAACAGGUGGCUCACCAGGCUGUUGCCAUGCAGUUUAUUUUGGAGAUGGCUCACAGUGUGCAGCAGGAUCCACGGGCCUGUUUUCGCCAAUUCUUCCAGAAAGCCAAAGAGGGACAGGAGGGAUAUCUGGACGUCUUCCACACUGAACUGGAGGCCUUUAAACGAAGAGUAAGAGAGUACUCUAAGCAGCCUAAAAUGAACAACCCAAAAGUUCCUGAGCAGCACGUUUCAGCUGGCUGCCGCCUCGAUCCCAAACAAGUGCUGGAGUCACUUCCUCCUGAACUGAAGGCGUGUAUCCAGUCACAGGACAUGCACAUUCUCCAGAAUGUUCUCAGCACCAUGAAUCCACAGGUGGCAGAGUAUCAUAUUAAGCGCUGUUUGGCUGCAGGACUGUGUACACAUAUUGGAUGGAGCCCCAAAGAGGAGGACUCAGAAACAGAAGAGCUAAGAAUGAUGGAGACCUCAUAGCGCACUUGGCUUACAUGCCACCCCGUUCUGUUUGGCCAUGAUCAAGCUUUUAGUUGCACACGGGCGACCGCUGAUCUUGUAAUCUGCACCACCCGCUGCAUUCACUGGCACUACAGAUGAAUUCGACCCAGUCUGUAAUUCCGAUGAGCUCCUGCUGAGGGGCGGCAGUGUCUGUGGGAUGUGAGACAAAUCGGAUGCAUGGUUUCAGGCACUUAUUAGAAACCGAAUGUUAAAGAAGGAAGAUGGAGCUUUUUUUUUUGUUUUGUUUAUUUGAGUUCACGCAUGAAUGUGUGCUGCACUUUCAAUUUGAUUGAGAUGAUAAAGUUUAUAUAGAUCGAGGACAGGAAGAGAGACUUUCCUGCACAUUCUGUUACAUUUAUGUUGUGAAGUCCAGGACCUGAAACGAGAGAACUGAUAGGAAGAAAACAUUUGUCACUUUGUGUGUGUUUGUUGUUUAUUUGGAAUCAUGAGGAUGAUAACACUAUGUCUCUCAAUGCCCUUUGAAGCUGACUGGAUAAGGUGAGUGGAGACAGUGCAGGUUUUUUUUUGGCUGCUCACGUAUUUAGGCGACACCACAACAGAUCAUUUUGGUUUGUGUACCUGAAUUGGGACAGUUUUACACCAGAUGCACUUUCUAACACAACCCUGCUUAAUUUGUACAGGCCUGAGAGUGCACUCUCUCCAGACAUGAUGAAUCACGUCUGCAUAGACACCCAACUGGCCUAUAGCGCUGCUGAGAUUCAAACCCUGGGACUUGCAUGUUUUACUGCUGCGCCAUUCAAGCACCCUGUUGAUGCUUUAGCCAAAAUUAAAAUUCACACAAUGUUUCUCCAACCCCACAUGCUCAGUUUGCCAGGGUAUUUGGUCUCUAAAGCUUAAACUUUAGUUCAGUACUAAAACUACAAGCCUAAUGCAGCUCACAUAAUAAAACUUUAGAUUUUUAAGCCCUUAUCAGACUGGACUAGAUUUACAUGAAUGAUUUUAGGUCUAUGUCAAGUGCUGGGUUUCAACAGGUGUUGUUGCAAUACCAAUCUUUGGAAUUGGUUAAUGCCUGGUGUGACUUGUAACCAGUGUGGAAAGUGUACUCAGGCACUUUGUGUUGCUGUUAUGAGUUACUCCCACCAACAGGGGGCAUUGUAGCAGUGUAGUGUAGCAGUGUUUGUUAGCACAACUGGGCUGUAAACUGAGUGUCACAUACCUGAGUUUCAUGCACUGAGACUUACACAUUUAAAACUCAGGCCCUGGUCACUGUGAGGACAUUGUGUAAGGCUAUUUCCCCCAGUGUUUUGCAUGGUGUUACAAGAACCAAGCCAUUGUGUGGCACAUAUCAGUGCACUCUAAGUGCUGAUCCCAAGCCCAGAUAAAAAGAAGGGUGGCAUCAGGAAGGGCAUCUGGUGUAAAAACUGUACCAAAUAAUAUAUGCAGACAAACGAUCUGCUGUGGCGACUCCUAAUGGAAGUAACCAAGACGAAUCAUCAUCGUCAUUAUUCAGUUUGGAUAUACAGAAUUUCCUGGAGCAUUUAGGCGACCUCUAGCAAGUUGUACACCAGUUAGCUGUAGAUUCCUUCAGAGGGUCUUGGCAUGUAUGGAGGACUACGCUGUAAGGCAGAAAGGUACGUUACUUCUGCUAUGUAUUUUGUGUUCAAAUAAUGUUGCUUGUUAGCUUCAGUAUGAAACUAAAGAAGCUUAACUUUAGGCACCGAAUAAGUUCUGGUCAAAUGGUAACAUAGGAUAAUUCUUAAAUCGUUUGCAUUCUAUCGUGUCUACAAUAUCCCUCCAAUUAAUUAGCUCUAUAGUGCAUCAUGGUGGUUUCUAGGCUGCGCUCAGGCAUGUAUUCAAAUCCACUAGAUAUAAAACAUUGUUUUAAGGUCUGCGAAAUAAACAUUAGCUGCAGAACUUGUAGCUAAUCAUAGCUGUGUCAAAUCUGGAUCCGUUUCAGAUGCAGCUAAACGUUUUCUCAUGGUGUUAGUUUGCAGUGUUCAUAUACCUGUAAGUGUAGAAGCUCCAGAUACACUAGAGCGCAUGUAGAUUACAUUACAGGAGCAAAUCCUGCUUGUGCUAAAACGACACUCUGAAAAGCAGUGCAGGUUCAUGGGAGAGCACUUUGUGGUGAAGAGGACAGAAUGGCAACAAUACCAAUGACUACAUGUUCUCAAAUUACAACAUUAAGCUUUUCUAACUAAAGCAUGGCAAAACAAUAUUGCCACAUUCAACCAAGAUUGGACUUAAUUAUAUUUUUAUGUACAGUACAUGAACAUCUACCAUUAAAAUAAUUUCUGUGAAAUUA